GCAGCAUGGGCGAGCGGCGGCCGGCGGCGGGGGGGGGGGCGGCCGCCCCACGCUGAGCCCAACCGCCCCCGGCCCCGGCCCCGGCCCCGGCCCGGUCGCAGCAGCCGCUCCGCCGCAUGUCGGGGCCCGGGGCGCAGAGCCGCAGCCGGCGGCUGCCCGCCGACAUGGAGCAGGCGCAGCGGAGCCUGGAUGCCGAGCAGAUGCAGCAGCAGCAGCUGAAACUACGGGACCGGCAGAAGUUCUUUGAGGAGGUUUUCCAGCAUGAGGUGGAUUUCUUCUUCCCUAUGUCUCACCUGCAGAUAGAGCAUCGGAGACCCCCCUUAGGCAGCAUUUCCUCCAUGGAGGUGAAUGUGGACAUGUUGGAGCAGAUGGACAUGAUGGAUCUGUCAGACCAGGACACUGUGGACGUGUUUCUGGGCUGUGGGACAGAGGAGAGCAGCGUUGCUGGGCCCCUGCCAGGGGCAGAUACCAGCCAGUGCCCAGGGGAAAUCACCCUGCAAGUGCCCAACUCAGCCGAGAGCAAGUCACGCAUUUCCUCCACGUCCUCUGUCUCCACGGAUCUCAAUAGCCUGGACACCAGUGAGGACGGGGCCGAGACCCCCGUGGUGCAGUCAGAUGAGGAGGACCUGCAGGAGGACAGUCCCAAAGAGCAGGUGGCAAGAAGCUAGCAGCCAGCUCUGCCCUGCUCCCAGCCUCCUCCCUACAGACUUGCCAGCCCAGAGGAAGCAAAGCUGCUGGCACUCAGUAAACCCCAUCCUGGACUGCUGCCCUGCAGAGGGGAGAGAUGGUUUUCCCCUCCUCUCCCUCCGCAGGUUCUCCUGGCAGCCAAAGAAGGAAAGGGGUAUUGUAGGCUCCCAAAAUUAACUCUUCAGGCUUUGCUGCUAACACUCCCUGCUUCACUCCCCUGAAACGCUGACCAUCCCACAGCCCCACCAUUCCCAGAAAGCCAUCCCUUGGGAUCCCAGCUCCCCUUCCCCUACUGACAAAGGUCUUGUCCAGACAAGCAUUUAACGAUGGCAUACAGAGAAAUAACACUCAGAUCUAAACAA